UCGUAAGCAAACGUUCAAGUUCAUUAUGAAGGUGCUAUUAGUACUUAUAGGAUUUUCAAGUCUGUUAGCUGUAAGUUCGGCUAAUCAAUUUGCUGCACGCUAUGAUGACUUUAAGGUUUAUAGAGUAAAGAUAAAGGACGAGCAGCAGUUAAAAGAAUUUAUCAAAUUGUGCGAUAAUUUACCGUUGCGCUAUUUGAAUGAACUUCAAGGUCCUGGUCACAGUUACGAUGUAGUUAUUGAUCCUGCAAAUCAAAAUAAGUUGGAAACACAAUUACGUUUUCUGGAAUUAGAGUUCUCCUGUAUGAUCGAAGAUUUGCAAAGUGUCUUAGAAGAAGAAUGUCAACCCGAAACCCGUCAAACUUUACAACGUAAGCGUGCCGACAUGGAUUGGACCCAGUACCACGAUUUACCCGUUAUUUAUAGUUGGCUACAAAAAAUAACCUCUAAACAUCGCCGUUUAGUCAAACCCUAUGUUAUUGGUCGUUCUUAUGAAAAACGUCCCAUUAAGGCAAUAAAAAUAUCCGCAAAACCGGGCAAUAAAGCCAUAUUCGUUGAGUCCAAUAUACAUGCCAUUGAGUGGAUUUCAUCGGCCACGACUACCUGUUUCUUUGAGAAUUUACUCAAUUCUGAAGAUCCCCAGAUGAAAAACUUAUUAGAAAACUAUGAUUGGUUAUUUGUACCCGUUUUGAAUCCGGACGGUUUUGAGUACUCACACAAUGUGGAGAGAUUAUGGCGUAAGAAUCGUAGACCUACGGGUUUCCACAAUGCCUCCGGUCCUUGUUAUGGUAUAGAUAUGAAUCGUAAUUUUGGUUAUGGAUGGGGAAUUAGUGGUUAUAAUUUUGAUGUCCCCUGCGAUCAUUGGUAUGGUGGUGCUAAACCCGACUCUGAGCCCGAAGUUCAGGCUUUGGAACGUUUCGUUAAUAGCUUUGAAGAUGGUUAUAUACGCAUGUACUUAGCUUUUCAUUCUUUUGGCAAUUAUGUGCUCUUACCUUAUGGCCACACCAAUUCAGAAUUUCCACCCAAUUACGACCAAAUGAUGCGUAUAGCUACCGCUUUUGCUGAUGCGGCUCGUGUAAAAUAUGGCACCGAUUUCAAAAGUGGUGCCAGUGGUUUAUUAAACUAUCCUGUUUCUGGUUCUGCCAAGGAUUGGGCGUAUGGAGUGAAGAAAAUACCUUUUACUGCUACCAUUGAAUUAAGAGAUCGUGGUCGAUAUGGUUUCUUUUUACCACCUUCUCAAAUUGGCGAGGUCUGUGAAGAAGUAACCGAUGGUUUGGUUGCCAUGGUGGAUAAAGCUCAGAAAGAGGGAUUAUUUGUAGAGUCUUAAAGAAAUCAUUUAACAUUGUUAAAUAAUAUUUUUCAGAUUUAUUUAGUAAAAUAUGAACUCGUAGCAGUAUUAGAAACACAAUUCGAACAAAAGGCAAACUUAGAAAACGACAUGAAGUUGCUAUUGAUAGUUGUAGGCUUUUUGGGCCUUUUGGCUGUAAGUUCAGCAAAUCAAUUUGCCGCACGUUAUGAUGACUUUAAAGUCUAUCGGGUCAAUGUUAAGGAUGCCCAACAAUUUGGAGAAUUCAUGAAAUUGGGCAAUAAUCUACCGGGUCCUGAUCACACUUAUGAUGUUGUCAUUGAUCCCGCCAACCAACAGAAUUUGGAAUCUCAAUUGCGUUUUCUGGAAUUGGAUUUCUCUUGUGUCAUAGAAGAUUUACAAAGUGUCAUAGAAGAAGAGUCGCAGGCUCAAACUCGCUCUAUGCAACGCACCCAUGUCGAAAUGGAUUGGACGCAAUAUCACGAUUUGCCUGUUAUCUAUAAUUGGUUACAAAAAUUAAACGCCAAUAAUCCAAAAUUAGUUAAAUCCUAUGUUAUCGGCCGUUCUUAUGAACAGCGACCCAUAAGAGCUGUGAAAAUUUCCUCAAAACCUGUUUUAAGUUUAUUAUUGGCGGCUGCUGUUAUUAAUGUGGCAUUGGCUUGUAAUGGCUACAAGGCCCGUAUAAUAAAAGCCGAAAAUUGUGCCGGUCCUGAUGCUGUUAUAACCAUCGAAGAUGGUUUCUCAGUGAAAUUAAAUAAAAAAUGUGAAAUUGUACCCACUGGCUGUGUAAUCAAUAAAGCCUUCACCACCGCUUCCUCUAAAUACAAGGUCGUCAAAGAUGGUGUAUUACUGAAAGAGGGUAAACUUGAUAUGUGUUCUAUGGCUGAUCAUGCUACCGGAGAAGUUAAAGAAUAUCUGAAAUUAUUUGGUGCUCCUGCUUCAUGUCCCGUUGAGGAUGGCAAAGUUUGUGCCAACGAUCACACAGUUGAUCUAUCCAAAUACAAAGCACUCUUGAGUAUGGCACGUGGCAACAUUGUUAUCGAUUCAGAUAUUGAACAUGACACCGGUAAAUCUCUAAUCGAUAACGAACAACCAAAAACUAGAUCUUCCACGGGCAUGGAUUGGGAGAAUUUCCAUACACUCGAUGAAAUCUAUGAAUGGUUAGAUAUGAUUGUUGAGCGUUAUCCUGAUAUUGUAACACCCUUCGAUAUUGGCUACUCCUAUGAGGGACGUUUAAUUAAGGGUAUAAAAAUCUCCUAUAAACCGGGUAACAAGGCAGUCUUCAUAGAGUCUAAUAUACAUGCCAGAGAAUGGAUUACAUCUGCUACAAUUACCUACAUUAUUGAUGAGUUGUUGGUGCCACGCAAUCCUGGUGUAAGAAAAAUUGCCGAAAGUGUUGACUGGUGGAUAAUACCAGUAUUAAAUGUUGACGGUUUUGUGUACUCGCAUGAAGUGAAUCGUAUGUGGCGUAAAUCUAGAUUGCCCUCUGAUCCUACCGGCAAAUGUAUUGGCACCGAUUUGAAUCGUAAUUUUGAUUUCUUAUGGAUGUUAACUGGUGCCUCCUCGGAUCCUUGUUCCGAAACCUAUGCUGGUCCAUCGGCCGAAUCUGACCAGGAAAUCAAACAAAUGUUACAAUUUAUUAACAACACCAUACCAGAAGAUACUAUUAAGAUUUAUAUUUCCCUACACUCCUAUGGCCAAUAUGUUUUAUCCCCCUGGGGCCAUACAGAUACCGAAUUUCCUGAGCAUUACGAUCAAAUGAUGCAUGUUGCCAAGGGUUAUGCUGAUGCUUUAUAUCGUAGAUAUAAAACCGUUUUCACAUAUGGUUCAAGUGCUACUACCUUAUACAAAGUCUCGGGAUCCGGAAAGGAAUGGGCUUAUGGCGUUAAGGGUAUUCCAAUUCCUUACACAAUAGAAUUGCGCGAUAAGGGUGAAUAUGGUUUCGUUCUACCUCCAGAAAUGAUUUUGCCAGUAGCUAAAGAAGUCUUAGAUGGUUUUGUGGGCAUGAUUAAUGCAGCGCAGGAGAUUAAUAUUGUGUAAUUUUAAUGUCUUUAUAUUAUGUACUAUUUAAUAAUAAAACUAAUUAUGAAAACGA